CACCUUAUUUUUGUGGUGGCUCAAUCUCAAAUUCCUCUGGGACGCUGCAGAGUCCAUUCUACCCUGGAAAUUAUCCAAACAACGCUGACUGUGUGUGGGAAAUACAAGUAGAGAACAAUUUUCGUGUUAUGCUCACAUUUAGAGAUAUUGCGAUGCAAAGCGGCAGAUGCCAGUAUGACUACGUUGAAGUCUAUGAUGGGCCUCCACACUCCUCCCCGUUUCUUGGGAGACUUUGUUCUGGUUCCUUUCCCACGUACAUAUCCUCUUCAAACAUGAUGACGGUUCGCUUUCACAGCGAUUCUAGAUACACCUUCAGAGGGUUUCAGGCUCACUACUCCUCCAUUCCAGCAGAUCACAACACUACCCUUCUGUGCUUGCCAGACUACAUGCAUGCAGUGGUUAGCAGAGACUAUCUCCAGUCUCAAGGCUACUCGGCGCAGAUGGUCACACUGAACGACGAUCGCUGUAAACCAACAGUCACGUCGCACGAGGUGAUAUUCAACAUUCCUUACAACGGCUGUGGGACGGUACGAGAGGAGAAUGAUGAUACAAUCAACUAUUCCAACAUGAUCAAAGUUACAUCUUCUGGGUACAUAAUCAAGCGGAAAAAGAAUAUUCACUUACAUAUCAGUUGCAAAAUGCUACAGAACACAUGGAUGCAAAUAAUGUAUGUUGCUGACGAUACUGUAGACGUGAAUGAAAAUCAGUUUGGAAGAUAUGACAUGAACAUCACUUUUUAUGAUUCCUCAUCAUUCUUGCGGCAAGUGCACGACUCUCCAUACUACAUUGACUUGAACCAAAAUUUGUACCUUCAAGCUUAUCUUCACAGCUCUGACCCAAAUCUGACCGUGUUUGUGGACACAUGUGUGGCAUCACCUGAUCCUCAUGAUUUUAACACUCUGGCCUAUGAUAUAAUCAAGAAUGGAUGUGUUAGAGAUUCUUCCUAUACCACAUACUACUCCCCCUACAGCCACUUUGCUCGGUUCAAAUUUAAUGCCUUUGAGUUCAUUAGCCGCCAUACGUCAGUCUACCUGCAGUGUGAGCUGGUGGUCUGCAGGCUCGGUGACUAUUCCUCCCGCUGCUACCAGGGCUGUAUUAGCAGGUCCAAGAGAGAUACAAGUUCUGACGAUGAAAGAGUGAACGUGGUUGUCGGACCACUUCAGCUUCGAGAAGGGGGUGCUCAGAGUAGGACUACUAGUAAAGUCAAAUAA